AUGACAGAGCGCAAUUACAAUGGUGGUCGCAACACGGUGGAUUGGCCGGGAGGGACCUGGUGGGUGUUACGGCCAGUCUGGCUGGUAUCGGUACUGUCGUCCGUGGGUACGGUGUUGUUAUCUGCCGGAGUUUACCUGAUCGUGAACUCAAGUUCUCUGGUUGAGUGUGGCAUUGAGUACAGCGACUCUCCAGUGGAAUGUGGUGCCGGUUGCGAGCAAAUCUUGUCCAUCACUCGAGACCACUGCAGCGGAAACAUUGGCAGCCAUCGCCAGCUGACUGAAGAUCCGACCACCGGAGAAUUGAUCUUCCGGGACGUCGACUACAUUAAGGGACCAAUAUUUACCUAUUACAGACUGGACGGCUUUGGUCAAAAUCUCAGCACCUUCCGCUCCAGUCGCGUCCUAGCCCAAUUGAAAGGAAACUCAAUUACCGACCGUAACCGCUUGAGCCUCUGUGAGCCGGCCGUUUCCGCUCCUAAUAACUACCUUAUAUUAACGCCUUGUGGUAUAGCUGCAAGAUCGGUCUUCAACGAUACCUUUGUGCCCUUCAAGUACUGUCAAACAGGUGUACGCGACUGCAAGAUUUACUACAACUAUCGGCAGCGGGUUCAAGACAUUUUGUGGCCGAAUGACGAGGAGUAUUUAUUCAAGAACCCAAGCGGCAACUUGACCGUGUUCCUGGACGAGUGGCUGGACGAGGAGAUAUUCCCGGGACGCAUGGAGAAUGCGCACUUUCAAGUCUGGAUGAGGGACAGUGCGCUCCCGAACUUCCUCAAGGCCUACGGUGUCAUCGACGACGAUGUCGACCUCCCGCUGCACAUCCAGGUAACCAACCGCUAUCCGAUUACGAGCUACGGAGGACACAAGUACUUCAUCAUCACCCAACUCUCGUAUCUCGGCGGCCGCUCUGCCUUCCUUGGCACGCUCUACUCCGUGGUCGGAGCCAUCAUCAUACUACUGGCCAUUAUCCCAGCCAUCAUCAAAAUCGUUAAAGCAUGA